UUGUUUAUGAUCUUUAAUUAUUAUUAUUAAAUAAUUAAAUCAUGUUUCUGUCUGUUUGUUCGUAAACAAACUUUGGUAAAGUGAAAUGGAGCACUGCAGCGCUAUAAUAGAAGUUGUGUUGUAUCUCUCAGUUUCUCUACAGAUCUCAUCAGCAGACAGACACACUCUGCAGUACCUCUACACUGCACUCAGACCAGCAAUAAAUUUCCCAGAGUUCAUUGCUGUUGGUCUGAUGGAUGGAGAGCAGUUUGUGUACUACGACAGCAACAUCACGAAGAUGAUCCCAAAGACAGAGUGGAUCCAGAAGAUUGAAGCUGAUGUUGCAGAUUACUGGGACAGUCAGACUGUGCAGCAGUUGAAUGAUCAGGACAACUUCAAAUUCAAACUGGAUGCAUUAAUGCAGCUGUGGAGCUUAAAGCAGAUUGAAGGAGUUCGUACACUACAGAUGAUGUAUGGCUGUGAGCUCAAUGAUGACGGCACCACUAGAGGAUACGAACAGUAUGGUUUUGACGGAGAAGAUUUCAUCAGUCUGGAUCUGAAAACUGGAACCUGGACAGCAGCUAAUGAUAAAGCUGAGAACAUCAAAGAGAAGUGGGGGUCUACAGAAGCUGAGGCUCAACACAGGAAGAGCUACCUGGAGACAGAAUGUAUUCAGUGGUUAAAGAAAUACAUGUCUUAUAGUAGAGAGACUCUGGAGAGGACAGUUCCUCCUACAGCGUCAGUGUUCCAGAAACACUCGUCUUCUCCAGAGGUGGUGUGUCAUGCUACAGGUUUCUUCCCCAAAACAGUGAUUAUCACCUGGCAGAAGGACGGAGAGGACGUGCAUGAGGGCGUGGAUCUCAGAGAGACGUUACCCAACCAGGAUGGAAGCUUCCAGAAGAGAAGCAUUCUGACAGUCUCAGCUGAGGAUCUGCAGAAACACACCUACACCUGCGUGAUUCAGCACAGCAGCUCGGAGAAGGAGAUAGUGCUGCAUAAGAAGGAUCUUCGAAUCCUGAAUCCUGAUGGAGGAUCAGGUGGAGGAUCAGGUGGAGGAUCAGGUGGAGGAUCAGGUGGAGCUCCGAUCGGUAUCAUCGUUGGUGUAGUCGUGGUUCUCGUGGUUCUCGUUGCCGUUGUUGCUGGAAUUGUGGUCUGGAAGAAGAAGAACUCUGAAUUCACAGCUGCUCCAGAUCAUGCCAUGCCCUGACAACGGUGGAGAGGAUAUAGAGAUUAAUUGUAAAGAGCAGGACACACACACACAGAUUUAUUCCUCCAUCAGAGGAAAAUAGUCUUUUUUUAAAUUAACAGUAUAUAUGAAAUAAUAUCCAAUGAAUUUGGAUAUAAGAGAAACAUUACUGCAUAAAAGUAAGUGGAGAAAAAAAAAGGAUUUCUAUGGUUUGACCUCAAGUGUGUGCAGUUUGAGUGAAGGCUGACAGCCCUUUGAUGACAGACUUCAAUACUUUAUUCAUAGCCAUUGUCAGAUUUGGCUCCGCCCCCUGGGGGUGAUUACUUCGUCAGCGUCAGCUUCUGUCUAUUUCGGUUUAUAACUUACUGAAAUGUUAUCGUAGAAACAUGAGAUGGGAAAAAUAACUAAAACCUUAGUGUAACACUUUCCCAGAUUCGGGUAGGGAAUGAGAAAGCUGGAGGUGGGCCUAAAUUAAAUGUUACAGGAAAAAUGUAAGUCAGUAAAGAAAGCAGAGCAUUACGUAAGAGCCACUUUUCAGAAAAAGACCUAAUGAAGGCUUCUGGGUUUUGCUGCAAAAUUCAGAAGCGAGUGCGACAGUCAACAUCUCCAGAAGAACCGUGACUGAUUCUGCAAGAGUCACAAUAAAACCUGCAGCUCAUUUCCUUAUAAAACUACACUAAUUCUAUCUGUGACUACUUUUGUUUCUUAAGAAAAGGCUCGUCACACCAAAUAUCCACUUUGUGCCAUUUAUUUCUGUUUAUUGCUCUUAUAGUGUUCCUGUAGUUUAUUUUGUACGUGUAUUAUGUUCUUACUUCUGAUUUCUGAUUUACUUUUGAUUCCUGUUUGUAUUUGUUGAGCAUCUGCACACACACUGUAUAUAGUUUACACGUAUGUGGUGUAAAACCACAAGGGGCAGAUGACGACCGAAGCAGAGUUAAGAAGAGCAACAUUGCUUCAUUAUAACUGCAACACAUUUGUUUUGUAAUACUGUUUAUUUGCUCUCCGUUCCCAUCCAUGACCUGAUUGUGCUUUGAGAAAAAGUGUUAAUAAUGAUUUUAUUGCUAAUGCCUAACCAAAGAAAAGUAUAUAUACCAAUAUGUAUAUUGUGGGAAUUAUGUUAUCUACUUUCCCCAAGUGUUUGUGUUCUUCUCAGGCACUGCGACCCCAUAUGCCUCUCAUUGAAUACAUUUCACAAUUUUACAUGGACAGCAGUAAUCUAAUUAUUGACCUUACUCUGAUUAAGAUAAUAAUGUGAUUAAGGUGUUUACAUGAGUCGCUUUUUAGAAUACUCCUGUCAUGUACCUGUUUUACAUGUUUUAGAACAUAAUUAGAUUAACGUCACACGUCAUUACGUCACCGCGCCACGCCGUCCAACGUCCCUCCAGAAUUUCACGUAUUAGUUGGUCUUCAUUAUGGGACCGUAUACAGUUUUGGGUGUGUUUAUUAAUUUUUUUUUACAAACGCCUUAAGUGCAGUUAAUUAUUUCUCAUGCUACACGUGCUAAUAGAUGACUGCUUGAAGCCGUGGGCUGCAUCCUAAACCGCGUACUUACCGUCUAUAUAGUAGCCGAGAUACAUGUAUUUUUCCCCACUACAGGCCUAUAGUAGGCAAGUAUACGGUUUGGGACGCGGCCGAACUCUCUUGUUCGCCUUAAAAUGUUGAGCACUGUCAUGUGUGAGAUCGUGUUCUGUCACAAAAUGUGGUGAAAACUCUCACACGACAUUCAUAAUGUGAUUAAGGUGUUUACAUGUCUGUGAUUCACGUCCAUAAUGCGACUAAAACAGGAGUAAUCCACCUGUCUUAAAUCGAUUAGUGUUUACUUUGAGUAUGACUUUAAUUAGAUUAAGGUAAUUAAAAAUUGCUGUUUACAUGGUAGUUUCUUAAUCAGAGUAUGGUCUUAAUCGGGUUAAGAGUGGAUUAUUGUUGUCCAUGUAAAUGCACUGAGUGUUAACACCCUGGAAACAAAACCCUUCAUUGGGUCAGGAUUAUAUUUACGGUUUGUUUACAUUUAUGGUAUUUGGCAGACUCCUUAUCCAGAACGGCUUACAUUUAUCUCAUUUAUACAGCUGAGCAGUUGAUGGUUAAAGAUCUUGCCCAAUGGCCUAACAGUGGCAGCUUGGCAGUGCUGGGGGUUGAACUCAUGACCUUCAAGCCUUUAACCACUGAGCCACCACUGCCUAAUAGCAGUUAAUUGAGCUGAGGGUCGAACCCUGUUCACUGGUACAGUAAACCUGCAUGUUACCGCUGCACUGUACAUACACAUUAUGCUGUCUUUUUUUACAUUUUGCAUGUGUAUUAUGUUUUACAGUUUGUACUUGUCAGCUGUAGUAUUUUGUACAUUUGUCUUUAUUAUAUUUUUGUAGUUACAAUGCCUCUGAAUGUUAUGAGUUAUUAUCCGUUUGUCAAAACCGUUGAGCCGUUGUUUCCUAUGUCCUGCUGGACUUCAAACACCGUCAACAAAAACAAUAAAAACUUACACCUAUGCUUUCAUCUGA